UUUGGUCCUUUCAUAAAACGGCCUCUCUCUCUACACUUUUCAUCUUCCUAUUAAUCAAUUUAUCUCUUAUAUCAAUAUACAAAUAAAGAUGGGAGAUAUUGUUGAUCAAGAGGAAGAGUUGUUGUGUCUUAGACUUGCUAUAGUAACAAACUCAUGUUGUGAGAGGAAAAAGAUCAAGAAAAGGAAAAGGAGGGAAUUAGCUUUCAUCAACGCUUGGGAUUUAAAUGAAAGUAAUUAUUGUGAAGGAAAAAUAUUUAAUCUUUUGGAGUUGAGAGAAUCCAUGCUAAAAAUAGAUGUAAAGAAAAAGGGUAGUGUGGUUGAAGAUGGAAAAGGCCUUCAUCUAAUCCAUUCAUUGCUUAUUUCUGCCACAGCAGUUGAUGAUAAUAGCAUUGAUUCAGCUAUAGAAAAUCUUCAUGAAUUAUACCAAAAUGUUUCCUUAUUUGGAGAUUCUGUCCAAAGGGUUGCUGCCUAUUUUGCUGAUGGAUUAAUAGCGAGGUUAUUAACACGAAAUUCGCCUUUUUAUGACAUGAUAAUGAAGCUUCCUACACAAGAAGAAGAGUUCUUGGCUUUCACUGAAUUCUACAAGGUUUCUCCUUUUUAUCAAUUUGCUCAUUUCACAUCUAACCAAGCCAUUCUUGAAGCAUUUGAAAAAGAAGAAAAAACCAACAAUGGAUUCUUGCAUGUUAUUGACUUUGACAUAUCCUAUGGAUUCCAAUGGCCUUCUCUUAUUCAAUCUCUCUCUGAAAAUAUAACCACAUCUAAUAGAAUCUCUCUCAAGAUCACUGGCUACGGAAAAACAAUCGAUGAAUUGAGAGAAACCGAGACAAGACUUGUUAGUUUUGCAAAGGAUUUUCGAAAUUUAUCUUUUGAGUUUCAAGGGGUUUUAAGUGGAUCUAAACUAAGUAACCUAAUAAAAAGGAAGAAUGAAACAUUAGCUAUAAAUUUGAUCUUUCAUUUGAACUCAUUAAGCAGUUAUUCCAAGAUUUCCCACACGUUGAAAGAAGUCCAUAAUCUUUGCCCUUCAAUUGUCACCAUAGUGGAACAAGAAGGAUGCAAAAGCCCUCAAAAUUUCUUGCCAAGAUUCAUGGAGUCAUUGCAUUAUUUUGCAGCCAUGUUUGACUCAUUGGAUGAUUGCUUACCAAUUGAUAGUAUUGAAAGAUUGAGCAUUGAAAAAAACCAUCUUGGGAAAGAGAUCAAGAAUGUGUUGAACUAUGAAAAAAAUAGCAAUUUCUUAUCAAGAUAUGAGCAAAUGGAGACAUGGAAAGGAAGAAUGGAAAGCCAUGGAUUUUUAGGACUUCCAUUAAGUUCUAAGAAUAUUAUGCAAGCAAAGUUGCUUUUGAAAAUCAGAAGUCAUUCUUCCCCAAUACAACUUGAUGGAGGAAAUGGAGGGUUUAGGAUAUUUGAAACAGAAGAUCCAAGAGCUAUUUCUCUAGCAUGGCAACAUAGGUCUAUUGUAACUGCAUCUGCAUGGCAUUGUGUACUGUAGAAAUUAUUCUAACAUUAUUAUUCAAUUUUUUUUCCUUCACUGUGAAAAAAUAUAUUGGAACUUCCUAUGAAAUAUAUUCUUAUCGUUUUGGCU